UUAUAGGAUUUGAUUGGUCUUGGGCUAAAAGCUGUGGAUAAAUCACGAAAACCAAAGCGAUAAACCACAUAGCAAACCGGGGUGAACCGGUUCAUUUCGGUUAAGUUCAACUUCCCGGUUCAAGCAAACUGGUUCACCCCGCCGUCGUCCUCACUCUUUGACUUUUUCACAGACUUCAAGUUUCUCUCCGAGCGGCGGCAGAAACUUGUCGCAGAAGCGAUUCGCAUACUCUUUCCAAGACCAAGCGAGAUCAGAGAAUCCGAAAAUGGAGAGCCGGGACGAUCUCAACUCCAUUCUCCCCUACCUCCCGCUUCUCAUCCGUUCAUCCUCUCUCUAUUGGCCACCGCGCGUGGUGGAAGCCCUUAAAGCCAUGUCCGAAGGCCCGUCUCACAGCCGAGUCGACUCAGGAGAAGUUCUAUGGCAAGCCAUUUCCGAUAUGAGACAAUCACUCUCCCUAUCAGCUCGCCUUCUCUCCCCCUCUGCUCCUCAAGGCUACGCCCUCCUCUUCGACGAACUGAUUCAUGGGAGAGAAUCAAAGAGAUGGUUCGAUGAGAUUAUCCCGGCGUUGGCGAGGUUGCUCCUUCAGCUUCCAUCUCUAUUGGAAAUGCAUUUUCAGAAGGCUGAUGAUGUUGUUAGUGGAGUGAAGACGGGUUUGCGGUUGUUAGCGCCCCAACAAGCUGGCGUAGUUUUCCUCAGCCAGGAGUUAAUUGGAGCUCUUCUUGCCUGCGGUUUCUUUUGUUUGUUUCCAGUUUCUAAUAGAGGUGCAAAAGACCUUUCAGUCAUCAACUUUGAUAACUUGUUUGCGAGCCUUUAUGAAAGUUACAGUGAAAGUCAUGAAAGCAAGAUACGGUGUAUCAUGCAUUACUUCGAAAGGGUCUGCUCCUGUAUGCCCACUGGGACUGUUUCAUUUGAACGCAAGAUUCUUCCAGCCGAAUACCCCAAUUCUUCUACCACUGCUCCUGACGCUGAUUUUUGGAGCAAGUCUGACAUCUCCCUUUGUGCUUUUAAGGUUCACUCUUCUGGGCUGAUAGAAGAUCAAUCUGACAAUGCUCUGGAAGUGGACUUCGCAAACAAGUAUCUUGGAGGUGGUUCCCUGAAUAGGGGGUGCGUACAGGAGGAGAUACGCUUCAUGAUCAACCCUGAAUUAAUCGCUGGCAUGCUUUUCUUGCCUCGCAUGGAUGACAAUGAGGCUAUAGAAAUAGUUGGUGCAGAAAGAUUUUCAUGUUACACAGGGUAUGCAUCUUCGUUUCGGUUUGCUGGUGACUACAUUGACAAGAAGACAGUGGAUGCUUUCAAAAGGCGAAGAACCAGAAUUGUUGCAAUAGAUGCAUUAUGUGCCCCGAAGAUGAGACACUUUAAAGAUAUAUGCCUUCUGCGGGAGAUUAACAAGGCUCUAUGUGGCUUUUUAAUUCAAAGAAAAUCUUGGCAGCACCAGAAUAAAGGAGACAAUGAAAUUCAGCUUGCCAGUAACGACGAAGAUUCUGGUCUCUUGCAUACAGAAACCUCAACGUCUCAUGGAGCUGCAUUGGAUGAUGCCGAGACAAAUAGACAAAAACAAGCUAGCAAUUUUGUCAGAGAUGUGGAAGGAUCCGAUUGCAUGGAUCAUGAAGCUGUUGGUGUGGCGACUGGGAAUUGGGGGUGUGGGGUUUUUGGAGGAGACCCAGAACUAAAGGCUAUGAUCCAAUGGCUUGCUGCCUCCCGGACUUCAAGUUUCUCUCCGAGCGGCGGCAGAAACUUGUCGCAGAAGCGAUUCGCAUACUCUUUCCAAGACCAAGCGAGAUCAGAGAAUCCGAAAAUGGAGAGCCGGGACGAUCUCAACUCCAUUCUCCCCUACCUCCCGCUUCUCAUCCGUUCAUCCUCUCUCUAUUGGCCACCGCGCGUGGUGGAAGCCCUUAAAGCCAUGUCCGAAGGCCCGUCUCACAGCCGAGUCGACUCAGGAGAAGUUCUAUGGCAAGCCAUUUCCGAUAUGAGACAAUCACUCUCCCUAUCAGCUCGCCUUCUCUCCCCCUCUGCUCCUCAAGGCUACGCCCUCCUCUUCGACGAACUGAUUCAUGGGAGAGAAUCAAAGAGAUGGUUCGAUGAGAUUAUCCCGGCGUUGGCGAGGUUGCUCCUUCAGCUUCCAUCUCUAUUGGAAAUGCAUUUUCAGAAGGCUGAUGAUGUUGUUAGUGGAGUGAAGACGGGUUUGCGGUUGUUAGCGCCCCAACAAGCUGGCGUAGUUUUCCUCAGCCAGGAGUUAAUUGGAGCUCUUCUUGCCUGCGGUUUCUUUUGUUUGUUUCCAGUUUCUAAUAGAGGUGCAAAAGACCUUUCAGUCAUCAACUUUGAUAACUUGUUUGCGAGCCUUUAUGAAAGUUACAGUGAAAGUCAUGAAAGCAAGAUACGGUGUAUCAUGCAUUACUUCGAAAGGGUCUGCUCCUGUAUGCCCACUGGGACUGUUUCAUUUGAACGCAAGAUUCUUCCAGCCGAAUACCCCAAUUCUUCUACCACUGCUCCUGACGCUGAUUUUUGGAGCAAGUCUGACAUCUCCCUUUGUGCUUUUAAGGUUCACUCUUCUGGGCUGAUAGAAGAUCAAUCUGACAAUGCUCUGGAAGUGGACUUCGCAAACAAGUAUCUUGGAGGUGGUUCCCUGAAUAGGGGGUGCGUACAGGAGGAGAUACGCUUCAUGAUCAACCCUGAAUUAAUCGCUGGCAUGCUUUUCUUGCCUCGCAUGGAUGACAAUGAGGCUAUAGAAAUAGUUGGUGCAGAAAGAUUUUCAUGUUACACAGGGUAUGCAUCUUCGUUUCGGUUUGCUGGUGACUACAUUGACAAGAAGACAGUGGAUGCUUUCAAAAGGCGAAGAACCAGAAUUGUUGCAAUAGAUGCAUUAUGUGCCCCGAAGAUGAGACACUUUAAAGAUAUAUGCCUUCUGCGGGAGAUUAACAAGGCUCUAUGUGGCUUUUUAAUUCAAAGAAAAUCUUGGCAGCACCAGAAUAAAGGAGACAAUGAAAUUCAGCUUGCCAGUAACGACGAAGAUUCUGGUCUCUUGCAUACAGAAACCUCAACGUCUCAUGGAGCUGCAUUGGAUGAUGCCGAGACAAAUAGACAAAAACAAGCUAGCAAUUUUGUCAGAGAUGUGGAAGGAUCCGAUUGCAUGGAUCAUGAAGCUGUUGGUGUGGCGACUGGGAAUUGGGGGUGUGGGGUUUUUGGAGGAGACCCAGAACUAAAGGCUAUGAUCCAAUGGCUUGCUGCCUCCCGGGCGCGGAGACCAUUUAUAUCAUACUAUACUUUUGGAGCGCAGGCCCUCGAAAACCUAGAUCAGGUGACCAAGUGGAUCCUUUCCCAUGAUUGGACCGUUGGAGAUCUCUGGAACAUGAUGCUAGAAUAUUCUGCUCAAAGGCUGUACAAGCAAACACAUCUUGGCUUCUUCUCUUGGCUACUUCCAUCUCUAUGUAGCAACAAUGAGGCCAUCUAGCCGUCUUGACUCUCUGCAAAUUCGCCUUGAUCAAGUCGAUUGCCGCAUUUCAAACUGUACCUAAGCGUUUUCCCACACAGAUAUGUAAAAGUGAUUAUUUUCAACUAAGUUGUAUUAUCACUAGUCUGAUCAUCAAGCAUCAUUCAUUAAGUGCAGUAGUCAUGCUGCUGUAUGGUGGUACUGGUCAAUUGUUUGAAUCACUCUUAAUAUUUGAAUGAAACAACUUCUUUUGUCUUGUUA